AUGUGCAAGUAUAUAGCGGAUCUCUUCAAACUCCUCAUGUGUAAAGCUUCCGAAAAGUUUGAACAGAUUUCAGCUGUUACAGACAUAGAGCUAAAGCGACUGAAAGAUGCUUUUAAGAGAACUUGUGGACUCUCGUAUUAUAUGACCCAACAGUGCUUCAUCAGGGAAGUUCUUGGUGAUGGAGUCCCUCCAAAAGUUGCUGAGGUUAUCUACUGUUCAUUUGGAGGCAUAUCCAAAGGGCUGCACUUCAAUAACUUGAUAGUUGGAUUAGUUCUACUCACUAGAGGCAAAGAGGAGGAGAAAACAAAAUACAUUUUCAGUCUCUUUUCUAAUGAAUCUGGGAGUUAUGUGGUUCGUGAUGAGAUGGAAAAGAUGCUGCAUGUUGUUGAUGGGAAAGUCCCAGAGUCUCUCAAGAAAUGUUUCUCUGAGGGUGAAAAGGUAAACUAUGAGAAGUUCAGGAUUUGGCUGUUGCACAACAAAGAUGCUUUCACGUUUUCCCGUUGGCUGCUGUCUGGAGGUGUGUAUGUGACACUCACUGAUGAUAGUGACACUCCUACCUUCUAUCAAACCCUGGCUGGAGUCACACACUUGGAAGAAUCUGACAUCAUUGAUCUUGAGAAACGGUACUGGCUGCUAAAAGCUCAAUCAAGAACUGGACGCUUUGAUUUAGAAACAUUUGCUCCCUUGGUUUCCCCUCCUAUUCAUCCAUCUCUGAGUGAAGGUUUGUUUAAUGCCUUUGAUGAAAACCGAGACAAUCACAUAGAUUUUAAAGAAAUUUCCUGUGGGCUCUCAGCAUGUUGCAGGGGACCCCUGGCAGAAAGGCAGAAGUUUUGCUUCAAGGUUUUUGACAUUGAUCGGGAUGGUGUGCUGUCUCGCACAGAACUUAAAGAAAUGAUGGUUGCGCUUUUAGAGGUCUGGAAAGAUAACCGUACUGAUAAAAUACCUGAGUUGGACAUGGAUUUAUCUGAAAUUGUAGAAGAUAUUUUGAAUAUGCAUGACAACACAAAGGUAGGAAUUUGCUAUUUUCCUGUCAUUUCUAUAACAGUAUCUUCAAUUUAUGCAUUUAUAAAUUAAUAAAUGAAAUAAUUGUGUGCUUUCCUUAAAGCAGAGGUGUCAAUAAAAGAAUCUUACGUGAAAUGUCAGUUUUCCAUUAACUUUUCCACAUUGUUCUGUUGCAAAGUAAUGUUUGAAUUUAUAAGUCAUUAUAUACAAAACUCAACCAAAAAUGCAUAACCAAAUAAAGUUAAUUUGAAGCAUACACUGUUUAUAAGGCUUUAUUAGGUGUAAUUAAUACCACUUUUAAAUCUGAUGGCUUACUUCUUGUGAAGAAUGCUGUUUGUUUCUUUCAUGUUAAAAUGAUCUGGAGAAGGAAGAGUAGUGCAGUGGUGAAUUUCAUCUUUUAUGCUCAGUAAAAAGAUAGGUUAUUCUCCUGUACUGGAACAGAACUGCACUGAUUCAAAAGUAACUCUGGUGUUAUUACAAGAUUUUUUUGGCAAGUGACAUCAUAUGCAAUCAGUGAAUACAAACAGCACAGAAUUACUGUUGGAAAGCUAAGUGUCUGUGAAACCAUGGAGGCCACUGUCAUGACAGAACAACAAAUCUUAAUAGUUUGUAUUGUGCUUUGUAGUUAAUUGUGAGUAAAUCUUUAAUUAUGUUCUUGCUUUUUGCAAUGGGCACCAUUAUCUGCAAACAAUAUUGUGAUAGUUGUUUCCAUUGUUUCACUCUUUGCUUCGCUAAUUAUAAGAGGAAGUGCAAAUUGUGAAUAAUGUAAGAAAGGCUCUAAAGAAUUCUUAGUUACUUGUUUGAAUAGUUCUCUUGACUGCUUGUACUUCUACAAAGUGGUAGGCAAAUAUUUUGUUAGAGUUCAGUUACUGCUAGGGCAAUAGGAAAUAAGGCUUCAGUGAGCUCCUUCUUCUCAUGCUUUGAGGCUUUUGUUUGGUCUUUUAAUGGAGGGUUUAUAAUAGCAACCUCAUCUCCAUAGAGAGUA